GUACAAACAAUUAAUAUCAAACAUUAGGAGCAAAUAUCGACAGCGAAAUAUAAAUUAACUCUUGGUUGCAAACUAUCCAAGACUAUACUAUGGCAUCAGCAUAUGUAAAAGAUGAUCAAGGAGGAACGUUCAUACCUGCAAGCCAAAGGCCUGAUGGAACAUGGAGAAAGCCUAGAAGAGUAAAAGAUGGAUAUGUACCACAAGAAGAAGUUCCACUAUAUGAAAGCAAAGGAAAACAGUUUACAAAAAAUAAACCUGCAUAUCCGGUUGGAAUGACACCAGAAUAUGUAGCAGCUCAUAAAGCCAAAAAAGAUCAUGAACAAUCAAAAACAAAUUCAAUACCUGGGUUAGUUAUUCAGCCAGAAAUAAAGAAGAAGAAAAAGAAAAACAAGAAUAAAGGUGGAGUUCCCUCUUUAAUAGAAGAUCUUGAAAAGACAAGCAUCAGUGAACAGAUUACAGCAACUACAAAACCAAGGAAGGCAAAUGAAAAAUCUAAAAUAGAUGGGAAAUUAGAAGCACUUAAUGAAAAAUCUAAAUCUACAGUUAAUACACCAAUACCUGUAUCUUUAAACAAACAAAUAUCCACAGUAGAUCCUCUAAAAAGGUUAAAAAAUCUUAGAAAAAAAAUGAAAGAAAUAGAGUCUCUGGAAAAGAAGAUUAAAAAUAAAGAAAUAAAGAAUCCAGAUAAAGAAAUGCUUGAUAAAGUCGCAAGAAAAGACGAGGUUCAAGAAGAAAUUAAACUACUGGAAAGUAACCAGUAAUUAUGAUAAUGCUAUCUACAUCUUGGAGCUUUCAGAAAAAUUAUUAAUAAUGUGAUAUUUUUUAUGUCACGAGUUUUGAUCUUAGACUAACAUCAAGAAUUUCAAUUAUGUUUUUGAAACGAUUAUUGCUCUGUGUGAUUUCACUGAAUAUACUUUUUAUAUUAUAUUUACCUGAAAUAGAUAAACUUCUUCAGUCAUAUUGACA